AUGGUGAUAGCAUCACCUCGAUCGACGUUCGAAACUGUGCGUCUCUUCUUCCGGCGACCCAACCUCGCGAAAGGAAGAAAAACUAACGCGAAAGAGGACAUGGUGGUGAGUUGCCUCCUAAUCUUUAUUUACAGUAUUGAAAUGAAAAAGGAAAUGUUGAACUUGAUUAUUCAUACAUCUCGGCAGACUGAAGUCCAUUCUCAGCUUAAAUAGAGCUUUUUUGAAUGUGACUGAUGCGACGAAAAUAAAGUAAUUACUAAGAAAUAAAACUUUUAUUCCAUUUUCCAAUCAAAGAUACUCAUGUUGGCUUGGCAAAACUUUCUUUUUCUUAGUUCAUUGUUCAUGCUGAAUUGAUAGAUUUGGUCAUUGAAUAUAGGAGCUAUUUUCAGCGGAUAGACUGCAGGCGGAAGUCUACAGAAAGAGGCUGCUCCGCGAGGAAGAGCCCGACAGCGACAAAGUGUCGCGGUCGCGGGAGCUGUUGGGGGCAUCGAACUCUCGAUGUCUCCUCGCUACGUGUUCUCGUCGGGCAAAGGACCUGACAGCGAUGUUCGUAGGGAUGGUGAUUCCUCACCGUUAACAAAAGUGAGCUUUUGUUGGGUUCGGUAGUUGAAAAUGUAGAGAUCAAUAAUUUUGAAGUUGGUUAAAAUUAGGCCUAAUGUAAAACGUUUUUUCAGAUAUGUUGGUCGGGAUAGUGAUCUCACCGCACAAAGCUUUGUGAAAGCGGUCAAAGUCGUCCUCGAAGGAUGUGGACAGCUUCCGCGCAUCGUAAUCCAUCGCUCGGGAUUCAACGAUGAGAAGUUAGCGGAGUGAGUCUUUUAGCAUCGAACAUAAAGAAAAAUGAAGAGUUCGAAAAAAUUUUUCACUCAUUCAUCUCCAAAAAAAGUAUCAACUGUAAUACAGCUGAGUUGCCUUCUUUCUCAAUAUUUAUGCAUUCAGGCGUCCAUUUCGACCGCCAUCGCCAAAGCUCUCAGGGACGAGAACAUGUCGAGGAUUCAUGGCUUCUGAUUCCAACGUCAUAGAAACAUCGGUCUGGUGA